AUGGCCACCUACGCUACCCGACUUCAAAACGUUCUUGGGCCAGUUGUUGAGAGGGCUCGACGGUGGUCGCAGUCGUCGGCCGCUGAGGAGCGUCCUGCACCUCCUAUUCCAGCCCUCUCAGAUGAGGAUCACGAUUUCUCAGCCGCAGAAUCAGCCAUCGCGACACCACUCCAUUCCCCUCGUGCCUUAGAGCCAGUUUUCGAAUCUUUCGAUGCAGACCCGGAAGACGGGGCUUCCGAGCAGGCAUUAGCAAUCGGUGAUCCUUCUUCAAGGUACCGGCCCCCCAUGUCAGGUCAAUCAAACGAAUUCGCGAAUCGGACCCCCGAAUCACCACCGUCAACAUGGAGGUCGCCAAUAUCUUUCUCGGACUUACCUACUACCUUAUCCCCGACCUCGGAAGACAAUUCGGCAUUACAGAACCCCGCGAAAUCUGCGCUCCCGGAAGAUGAUGGACAGAAGUUUUUGCGCCAAAAGCUUGUCGAGAUCUCAAGGCUGAAUAUUUCAGACCGGGAGAGGGCCGUACGAAUGCAUAGUCUUAUGUUGGAGAAAUAUAAUGCCUCUCGUCGUCCCGAGGAAAUGUUCGAGUUAGAAUCUGCACAGUCGGGCCAGUCCCAAGCUAAUGCAGAGGAGUCCUACAUCUCACAGCACGAUAACCCGUUCAAACUUUCACCUCUGGAUAUCGCAAAAACAUAUUAUACAGGACCACCUACUCCAGAUGUAGCAGCUAAUGGGGAGUUGGUAGUUCAAGAGGAGAUACCAGCUUCUACGGAUUUGGGAACUCUCCAAGAUCUACCGGAGGAGCUUGGAUGCCCGCAUUACCGGCGUGGCGUAAAACUCCAAUGUUCGACAUGUGAGAAGUGUGUAAAUUGUGGGAUAACGACCCGCGAAAAAGCAUUUAUCAUUGCAAUGACUGUGGAAUAUGCCGGAUUGGUGAAGGACUGGGCAAAGAUUUCUUCCACUGCAAGGUCUCUAAUCACGUAA